AUGUCUGAAAGAAAGGCUAUAAAUAAGUACUAUCCACCGGAUUAUAACCCAUUAGAAGCAGAGAAAGCAGCUAAAAAAUUAUCCAAGAGACUAAAGACAACCAAUAAAGAUGUGGUCACUAUUAGAUUGAUGACACCAUUUGGUAUGAGGUGUUUAAAAUGUGAUGAGUAUAUCUCUAAGAGUAGGAAGUUUAAUGGGAAGAAACAAUUAUUACCUGAAAAAUAUCUGGAUUCUAUAAAGAUUUAUCGAUUAAGUAUCAAAUGCCCAAGAUGCAAUAAUCUUAUCAGUUUCAGGACUGAUCCUAAGAAGGCAGAUUAUGUUAUGGAGGUUGGUGGUGAAAGAAGCUAUAUUAGGAAAGAUUAUGAUAGUGCACAAUUAGAGAGUGUUGAUGAAGCCUUGGAAAGAUUGACAAAGGAACAAGAAAGAGAAAAAUCAGAAUUAGAAGGAAAACUUGAUCCAACUGCAGAUAAAAUGGAAUUAUUAGAAGAGAAACUAGCGACAUUACAACAACAACAGCAAGAUGAUGAAUCAUUGGAGAAUUUGAAAAAACUUAAAUAUGCAUCGUUAAAAAAAGCAGAAGAGCUUAAUCAGAAAUUAGAUCUAAAUAAAGGAACAAAAGGAGCAAAUAACGGCAUUGAAGAUGAUGACAUGGAGUUGAAUUCACAAGUAGAAUCUGCUUUCAAAGAACAUCAACAAAAUUCAACAUCAUCAAUUUUAAAUCAAUUGAUAACUAACAAAUCCAUCCCAAUUAAGAAGAAACUAAAAAGAAAGAAACAAAAUCCACUAGGGGUGUCAGUGAGAAAGAAGUAG